UGGCACUCUUAACAUUUUUUAUUUUCUAGAUUUGACUGUCUUGUCUCUAUUGUAUAAUAACCGACCGGUGUAGUAUCAGACAGACAAGUAUGUAAUGUAUGUAGAAGUACUCCAUUGAUUCAUCUCACCACCUUACCUUAAUUAGGACGAUGAUAACUCCAUUCCUCAUCUUUCUCCUUCAAUUCACUGCUUUCACAACAAACGCUUCUUCUUCUUCUUCUUCCACUCACUCCAAUCUCACCCACAUUUUCCAGGAUAUUUUGAAAGCAAUAUCAGCCAAACAAAAGUGGGAUUUAAACGAUGUAACAGUAUUCAACUUCGAUGUUGGUAAAAUUAGGUUUGGAACUUCUCAAACCUAUCAAUUUCGAAUUGGGUCUGGUAAGAAUAACUUUACUGUUAAAUUCUCCGAUCAAGUUUCUUCUUGGAAUAAUAACAAGCUUACAACACCUAAACCCGAUUUAGCUUCUCUUCUUAAUCAACUCAGUUCCAUUAUUUUCCUUCAUGAUAUCAAAUUGGAAGGUCCCUUUCAAUUAAGGGUUGAUCAAUUUCACCACCUUUCGCUCAAUUUGCCUAUGAAUGUUACAUAUUCUGGUUUGAAACACAUCAUUGUUGGUGAAGGUAUUACGGUUGAAGUAAGAAGAGCAAAAGAAAUAUCUUUUUAUUAUCGUUCGGAUCUAGAUCCGCAAAUGAAUGGAAGUGUUGUGUGUAGAAAGGGGAAGAGUGAGUUCUGGCCGUUUUUGCAAUCUACGUGUGUGCCUCUAAUUCCCAUACGCGUAAUAGGUUCUGCAUCAUUGAUUGCGUAUGGAGCUCGGAAUCCCUAUGCACAAAUAGGGACUGCGUUGAUUUCUGAGGAUACUGUUGAGCUGCUUCCAGAAAAAUGUUAUCAUGGCUGUGUGUUUAGAAAGCGAGCAUGUCCUGUUGCUUCCAUAAAUUUGAGAUUAAGUUUGUUGGAGAAAAUUUUGAGAAGUCUUCUUGGUCACAAGAUCCUUCAAGAUAGAUUUUCUGGCCUCAUCAAAGCAAAUAUCAAAGCAUCUGUUGCUGUAAAGUUCCCUCUAGAAUUGGAAAGAGAAAUAGGAAAUAAUGCCACCCUUAAUAAAUUGCCUGAUUGGAGAACAAGGCCAAGUGUCGAAAGGGUCUGGUUUGAAAUAAUGGCUCGAGUUGAGGAUAGCAGGCUCAAGCCUCUUUCAAUCAAGAGAGUUAAACCUUUCAUUGAAUCUGAUUCAGUUUCCUGGGCUAAUUUGAUGUCUAAUAUGUCCUAUACAAAGUUGCGACCUGUUCUUCUUCCUCCAGAGGCUCUUACACUUGACGUGAAAUGGUAGGAGAUACUCCUGUGUAAGUUAUGAUACUUCCUUUUUUGACACUUUUAUAGGCUAUGUUUGUAGAUUUGUUUUUGUUAUGUACAAGCAUUCACUAAAUCUUGUAAAAUACCACUCGCACACUCACGGUUGGUCUUGUAAAUACCAAAACAGAAGAAAGAAGUGAAAGAUAAUUUGCUUUUUACUUGCUUCAA